UCAGCUGUUGCCUUUCUAACAUCCCUCUCUUUCUCAGGACUCCCCCUCUUCCUCUCCCUCUCUCUCCCUUUCUCUCUCUCCAUCGGAAACAUAAUAACCCAUCGCGUGCAGGUGAGGCAAAUUUUCCUUUGGCAAAAAUGGCUGCACAGGAGGUGCAGCCUAGUGAGACCAUAGCCAAGCUGAAAUCAGAGUCGGAGGCGCUGAAGACCAAGCUGGAGGAGGAGAGAGCCAAACUGCACGAUGUGGAGCUACACCAAGUGGCAGAAAAGGUGGAGCCCCUGGGGCAGUUCGUCAUGAAGACGAGGAGAACCCUGAAGGGUCACGGGAACAAAGUGCUCUGCAUGGACUGGUGUAAAGACAAGAGGAGGAUUGUGAGCUCCUCACAGGAUGGAAAAGUGAUUGUAUGGGAUGCAUUUACAACCAACAAGGAGCAUGCGGUGACUAUGCCAUGCACAUGGGUGAUGGCCUGUGCAUAUGCCCCGUCUGGGUGUGCAGUAGCCUGUGGUGGUCUUGACAACAAGUGCUCAGUUUACCCGUUAUCCCUGGACAAGAACGAGAACCUGGCGGCUAAGAAGAAGUCAGUGGCCAUGCACACCAAUUAUCUGUCUGCCUGCAGCUUCACCAACUCAGACAUGCAGAUUCUGACAUCGAGUGGUGAUGGAACCUGUGCACUGUGGGAUGUGGAGAGUGGGCAGCUGCUGCAGAGUUUCCAUGGUCAUGCAGCUGAUGUACUUUGCCUGGAUCUCGCCCCCUCUGAGACUGGCAACACCUUCGUCUCUGGGGGCUGUGAUAAGAAGGCGAAUGUAUGGGACAUGCGCUCGGGGCAGUGCAUCCAGUCAUUUGAAACACAUGAGUCAGAUAUUAACAGCGUGCGAUACUAUCCUAGUGGGGAUGCCUUUGCCUCUGGCUCUGAUGAUGCUACUUGUCGUCUCUAUGACCUGAGGGCAGACAGAGAAGUGGCAAUCUAUUCCAAGGAGAGCAUCAUAUUUGGAGCUUCCAGUGUGGACUUCUCUCUCAGUGGCCGGCUACUGUUUGGCGGCUACAAUGACUACACCAUCAACGUUUGGGAUGUUCUGAAAGGAACUCGUGUGUCCAUUUUAUUUGGACAUGAGAACCGAGUUAGUACACUCCGUGUUUCUCCAGAUGGGACAGCGUUCUGCUCAGGGUCGUGGGACCACACUUUACGGGUUUGGGCCUAAGGACUGAUCGUCAGGUGGAGUGUGGUAACUGCAAGGUGCUGUCUGGCUUCAUCAUCAACAUCAAGAUUCACUAGAACGUCUAGAAACUCAGCGCGUGGGAUUAAAAAGAAAUGCACAGUAGAGUAGAACAGGGUUGAGAAUGACAGUAGUUUAUACUCAGACAUACAGACCAGAGCACAAGCCUGUUUGCUUAUUUUGUUAAAAAAAAAUAUACAGGAUUAGAACCAGGUUCUUGGCCUAAAACACUGUACAUACAACAUCUACAGUAUACGACCCACUGUCCUGGUUAAUUUAUACCAACGUUUCUGUAAUAAAAACUGGUCCUCUCCUUGCAAACUCCUGUAAUCACCCAUUACAUCUUAUGAUCUUGUUCAGGGCAUCCAACUGAAUUAACCCUUAUUCUGUAGAUAUACAGUAUAACUCAGUUAACAUAUCUAAACUUCAUCUCUGUUCUGUAUUAAUUCAGUCUUAAGGCUGAAUGCUGAUGGCUGUUUGUAGGAGGCUGGUGUACUGAGUUGAAACUCAAAUGAUUUAUAGUUUGAGUCUAUUUGACUAGCAAAUCAGCCAGCAGAAAUAACAGAGGGAUUUUUUGUGCUGAUUGCUACUCUAAUAUGCAGACAAUCCAUACUCAGUUGAAAUUAUACAAUAUCAUGUGCUCUCUGAUAUUUAUAUAUAUAUACACAUGUCUGAUGGUAAUAUUUGCACUAUAGUAACAGUUACUACUGUAGCGGAGUGUAUAUAUCAUAAUAACUGACCACUAUAAUAGUAUCAUCCAAAAUAAAUGAGUUUUACAAAUUGAA